AUGUCUGUCAUAGACUACAACUCGCUCCGGCAAACAACGCUCGGCUCCGGAGUUGAUGAGGAAGCUGUUACAGUCAAUACAAGAGCUUUGAUUGACAAGGUUCUAGCGCGAUACUCCGGUGAACACACUACCUUACGAGAAUUACUACAAAAUGCUGCAGACGCAAGUGCCACACGUGUUGAAAUACGAUAUGAAACCGCUGGCCCGACAUCCGCUGAUUCUUCGGUCGAUUUAAGCUCCAUGACACCGACUCAAAGGAAAAAUGAAGAGCUUAAGAGAUUGUUGAAGAGCAAGUGCAAACGGAUGUUGGUCAAGAAUGACGGCAUUCCGUUUCGCGAGGAAGAUUGGCAGAGGCUGAAGAGAAUUGCUGAGGGAAACCCUGAUGAGACGAAAAUUGGUGCCUUUGGUGUUGGUUUUUACAGUGUCUUUGAUGAGUGCGAAGAACCAUUCGUUUCCUCCGGUUCUCAGGCCAUGGCAUUCUACUGGAAAGGGAAUCAGUUAUUCACAAGGCGGGCUAAGCUCCCACAGCACGAUCCGAUGACGACUUUCCUACUCGAGUAUCGACAGCCGGCGGAUCCACCACCGUUAGUCUCGUUGUCGCAAUUCCUAGCGACCUCCCUUACGUUCGUUUCGCUCGAAAAAGUCGACCUCUACAUCGACAAUUAUUGUGUUACCUCGAUCAAAAAGAAGACGUCGCCUGCCAAUCCGCUCGGCCUCCCCGGAAGCAUUUCGACGGCCCAAAAGGGAACUGGCGCAAUGCUUAAGAUUGUUGGCGUAGAUUCUGAAAGCGUCCAACUCACAGCUGAUGUUAUGGGGCUUGUUACAUACAAGGAGAAACCAAAACUAGGACAGGCUGUCGCUGAUACGGUCACAAGCGGGUUUAGAGGGUUCUGGCAAAGACUCGCACAGCCAGCUGUGAGCAACAGCUUAAAGGACAUCUCCCGUAACGGCUCGUCCGCAAAUUUGGUAGACACGGUAGACCUUUCAAAGGUUACUAGUAGCACUAUUUUCAUCAGAAUAGCUACUGCGAAUCUUCAGUCUAAUGUCGGUUCGACAUUUGCCGCCAACCUAGAGAGAGCAACCAAGAAACCUCCCCCACGCAGGACAAAGUGUGCUAUUUUAACUAUGUCGAAAGAGGAGUUAGAUGCUUCUGAGUCCGUGGAUUCUAAAUCCGAUACUUUCAUUUUCGCGAACGUCCUGCCUACGAAACUUGGCAAGAUUUUUAUCGGGUUCGCGACUCAUCAAACCACCGCUAUUCGGGCGCAUUUUGCGGCACACAGCGUCAUUCCAACCGUAGAGCGUGAGAGCAUUGAUUUCAACGCCCGUUAUGUGAAAGAAUGGAAUGCAGAAAUGCUGCGCAUGGCGGGUAUUCUUGCACGUAUCGUGUACUUCUACGAAAUGUCGGACUUGCGUGGCCGGAUUCAACCUGGAGAAGGCAAAUAUACGACAACCAUUGAUGCAUGGAAUAAAGUUGCGCCAUCUGUGCUACAUAUCAUGAACAUGUUUACUUUUGUGGAGAGCACGCCGAGCCCAGUCGUCGGUCAGAUUAUCGAGGAAGCCUUUUGGCAAUGUUCCAACGUUGUUGAGGUGAUCAGUACGAAGGGAAUCUUGCCCAGCAACACUAUUCGAAUAAUUCCGAAGGGUGCAGAGGAAAUUAGUAGUUUCCUGUCUGGUAUCCCUUUGCUUCCUCCGACGAUCCAAACCGAUGCUCCUGUAUUCGUUAGAGCUCUGAGGCUAUAUGGCUUCAUCCAUGAGUUUUCCCUCAGUGAUAUGAGGACCGAGUUAGAAAACAGGGCUUUGACUGGCGCGCAAAUGGUUGUCUUCCUGAAGUGGCUGGCCAAGAAGAUGAUGUCCGGUGAUGUCAGCCAGGAGUUUGUCCAAGAGUUGCUCAGAGUCGCUGUUGCUUCAUCGACAAACCCUGAAGAAACAGAAAAGCCAGAAGUUACGGGUACCCCAAUAGCGCUCGCGGGUAUCACAAGCUUCGUGACUCCGGCUGUUCUCCCGCCUGAAAUGCCAGUACCACCUACCUGUAUACCUUUCUCUCUGACCAAGACUAUGAAACGUGAAGAACUUCAAGCCUUGGGAUGGAGGGAGUUAGACCUUGUUGAAUGGGCUCUUUACUUGGCUUCGCCGGAAACGCUAUCGCAAAUUGCGAUUGAGCAUAACAUUACUCUUUCUGCACAAUUUGCUGCUCAUUUCCAUGCGAUACUGGCCAAACCAUGGAAGAAGCUCGUUCCAAACGACAAGAAUGCUAUCGCGACUGUCCUCAAGCCAAUAUCAUGUGUACCUUCGUCAAAGGGUAUGAAGAGACCUGGCGAGGCAUAUUUCCCAACUGUCAAGAUCUUCAAGGACCUUCCAAUUAUCCAAAGCAUGAACGGCGUCAAGGAAGACUAUCUUAUGGCCUUGGGAGUUCGGAAAACUCUUGAGCUUUCUCUGGUUUUGGAGCGGUUGCAGGCGAAGGGUGACGAUACUGCGGCCACCUGGAGCGCCUACGAUCUUAUCAAGUACUUCACCAGUGUCAGCCAAGACAUCCCGCCCGAAGACAUCCUAAAGUUGAAACAAACUCCAUUCUGCAAAGCAGACGGCGAUGAUAAAAAGAUUUAUCGCGCCAUGGACUUAUUUGUUCCAAAGCCAGAACUCCGUGAACUCGAGUGCCCUAUCAUUCAAUGGCCUGGCGGUGCUCAAAAUUGGCGUGGUGGUCAGACCGCAGAGGAGAAGUUCGUUCUGAAGCUUGGGCUUAACCAAUUCCCUAGCUCUAAUUAUUUGCUUCAAGUAUUUAUCGCUGCUCAAGAGCGGGAUGUUGUUAAGGCACAUGCGAGACGGGAGAAGGCACUCAAGUAUUAUACUACCAACUAUGUGCUCAACAACUACAACUACUACCAGAUCGGGGAGCAGAAUACUCCGUUCCUACCACUAGAUGGUCCAAAUGCACGAGCUGGCAUCCCCAAACUUGGGGCACCAAAUCAAUGCUUUACCAACCCCCGUGCUGCGGUCUUAGGCGUCCCGAUUCUCAGGGAGGACCUUCGGGAACAUGCUGCGAAGUUUGGCGUGAAAGCUGAUCCUUCUAUGGAUUUUGCUGUUCGCAAAUUGAUGGAACGUCCACCAAACACUCCUGCAGAAGCCAAGACUACCUUCGGUUACUUCGCAUCCCGUUUGGCGGAGAUCCACCCAACCCAUGUUGAGAAGCUUGGGAAGUCACCGAUCGUUCCUAUAAUGAGUAAUGGGCGUUUGAAGUUUACUACUCCAAGAAAUUGCUUCUUGGGCGACGAAAGUAGCCAGUUCAGAGACGUGUUUGACUUUGUCGAUUUCGGCGCAGAUGCCAACCCAUUUUUGAUGAAAUGUGGAACCAAGCUUGAGCCUACAAUUUCUGAGAUCGCAUACAUGCUUACUCGAGACUCUGAGAGGUUACUCGCGUCUUGUGAGACGUCCAUCAAAUACCUCAAUAUUCUUAGAAGAGUAGCAGAAGCAUACCAGGAAUUAAAGCAGGAUAGAGUUCUGCACAAAGCUAUGAAACAUAGUAGAUUCCUCCUAGCGACAAUCGAAAAGACAGAAAGUGCUAACGAACUUGUGGACGUGGAUGAUGAUGAAAAGAACAUCAAAGAAUAUCAACUCGCUAGCGCCGACGAGAUUGCCAUUGUUGAUGAUUUCAUCUUAUUCAAUAUCUUCAAGAGCGACGUUCUCACCUGUCCACAAGAGGAAACACUCGAAAGCUUUUAUACUGGGCUAGGGUCUACUCAAAUAUCCAAGCAAAUUGCACUGGAAUGGACGAUUGGCCGAAUAAUACAAGACCCAUUGAAAAGCAAACAAAUCCGCGAAUUGUGCUUGGAAAGGUGCCGACUUUUCUUCCACAACAACCAUUCCCUUGUUAAACACGACAUUAAGUGGCUUGAAUCUAACCUCGAAGUUUGGAUCGUUAAUUCCAUCCGGCUUCGUAGGACCCUCCAUUCUCCAGGGAGUAAGAGCCAUGUGGAGAAGACAACCGCUGCUAUCGUUAAUUCCAAAGAUAAAACAAAUGCAAUUCUCCAUGUCACUCAGGAUUACAAGGUUUUCGACGUUGCGGCGCAGCUUUUGAAGCUCAUUCUCGUGAAACCGAAACCACAUUCUGCGCUUUUGUUGGAGAGCUUGCUCAGUACUGACCUUUAUACGCUCAAGAGUCGUGGGUACAAUGUUGACCGUAUCCUAAGGCUGAAGAAAGAAAAUGAGAUGAGGGUUGCGGAGGAACAAAAGAGGAGGUUGGAAGCGCAGAGAAAGGCUCAGGAGGAAGCAGACAAGUUACAUCAACAAAACUCGCAAGCUAUCGCGAUACAUCAUGAUGAUGAUAAACCACCCCCAUAUCCGAAUGAAAACGAGCCUGUUUCUGGACUAUCUACUACUCCAACCCGUCAUAAAAUGCCGGGUGCCUUCUUCGACUCUCCGGAAGACAAUAGCCGGGGCCCCCCGCCAUUGGAAACUAGACUUGAGGGGAAGAGGGGAGGGUUAUUCAAUCGGCUCCGGACUGGGCUUGGUUUUGAUCAGGAGAAUGGUAUUAGAGCCGGUACUCCAGAUGUACUUGGCGGACCGCUUGGAAGGCCGACAUCGACUGUUCAACAAAGUAGCGGCUGGGAGGGUGACGGAGGCGAUAUUAAGGCAACAUCUCCGGAAACACUCGAUCGAACCCUCAAGGACGCUAUCGGUGCCUUGAAACCAUUCGGCAGUACCAACAUCUUCUCACCUCCUCAAACCAACCAAGUUAAAGAGCAAAAUACCUAUUGCGACGCGCGCCCUAGUACGGACCUUGUGCGAGUUUGUCAAUUCCCCACUGGCGUCGACUUCUUCAUGACCAACAAUACCUCGGAGAAGGAUAAGCAAGAUUUCGUCAACAACCACAUGCAAGAUCUCAUACUGUUUAGUUCAGUCAUUGCAACCCUGGCUCAAAAGGUUUUCGAAAUCCCACUCAAGAAGAUCCAACUCUACUACGAAAGCUCCAGGACCAUUGCUUUCAACACCAGCGGCAGUUUAUUCUGCAACUACUCGUACUUUAUGCAAUUACAUGCGACGCCGAUCAAAUCCGGGUUAAGCACUGCUGAAGGAGAUACGAUGACUUAUUGGUAUGUGGUUAUGUGUCAUGAAAUCGCACAUAACCUGGUACCGGACCAUAGUGCGGCCCACUCGUACUAUACCGAAAGUUUCGUUACGCAUUAUAUGCGCAAAUACAUCAGUGUGAUGAAGAGAGGUGUGGAGAAACCGAAUGAGAAGAAGCCGGAACGCAUCGCACCAGGACCGAACAGAAUUCCAGUCAACGUUCAUCAUGGCGGCGGUCACGGUAACGGGCCAACGAGUAGUGCGCAGGGAGGAGGCAGUUCAGGGUGGUUCUAG